CAGGCAGUCUGAUCCUGGAUAUUAUCUGCACCUCUGAGACGCACUGACAUCUGUGAGCAGGCUGCACCUUCAGGCGGAAGUGAAGAGCAGGAGGAGGGAACCAAACCCUCAGAGAGUGCUUCUCGUGGCUGCAGGAUCGGUGGCAAGCGCUGAGUAGCACCGGGACAGGAUCUGUGCACAGGGGUAGCUUUGCAUUACUUUAUGAGGCUCCGGUAGGGAAACACUUUUUAGCUGGUUGCUGAGAACAGUGAAUGUGUUUGCCUUGUGGCACUCAAAGCUAGCUCCCCUCAUGGACUGAAAGCAGGCAGAUUGGCGUGAUCUGUGUCAUGUUUGGGUCAAGUUUCCGUUUUUGUCACGCUUAAUUCCUAGCUAAGAAAAGAAGACCUUUUCAGUUUUUGCCAAGAUGUGUCAUGCAGUCUCAUCUAAAAUAAGUCUAAUCCUCCUGCUUCAAGUUUUGUCUUCUCACUGUCUUCAGAGACUUCUGGCAGACCAAGAAAUUAUUGUGAAGAUAUCAACUGCUGGGCAGUUGAUGCAGUGUUCUGAAGCAAUAGAUGUCCUGAUACUGUUAGAUGGCUCAUACAGCAUCGGCAAGGGAAGUUUUGAGCGAUCAAAGCACUUUGCGUACACACUCUGCGAUGCACUCGAUGUAAAUCCAGGCAGGGUAAGAGUCGGGGUAGUUCAGUAUAGUUCAACACCACGGAUGGAGUUUUCCCUGGAUUCAUAUUUAACCAAGGAAGAAGUGAAGCAGAGAAUCAAGAAAAUUACAUUCAAGGGGGGCAGCACACAGACAGGUCUGGCUCUGAAAUACCUGCUACAAAAAGGCUUUCCAGGUGGAAGAACCUCUCCCAUUCCACAAAUUCUGAUCAUUCUUACAGAUGGAAAAUCACAGGGUGAUGUUUCUGUGCCUGCCAGGCAGCUGAAAGAAAGUGGAAUUAAGAUAUUUGCUGUGGGAGUCAAAUUUCCAAGGUGGGAAGAGCUGCAUACACUGGCCAGCGAACCACAUGAGCAGUACGUUCUUUUUGCUGAAAAUGUAAAUGAUGCAGUGAAUGGCCUGUAUACCACGCUUACCAGCUCCACUGUUUGCCAUGCUGUGCCUUCCGGGUGCAGGGUAGAAGCCCAACCUUGUGAGCGCAGAACCCUUGAAACAGUAAAGGAAUUCAAAGGAAAUCACAUAUGUUGGAAAGGCUCCAAGAGCUACAAUGCACCCUAUACAUCACUGUGCCCCUUUUAUAGCUGGAAGAGAGUUUACAAGCAACAUUUAGCCAAAUGCUAUAGAACACUGUGCCCAGAUCCUUGUGACUCACGACCAUGUCAAAAUGGAGGCACUUGCAUUGUAGAAGAGCUGGAGACCUACCACUGCAUAUGUCCCCCAGGCUUUGGUGGGGAUGACAACUGUGCCCCAAAUCUGAGUCUGGACUGCAGUGUUGAUGUCCUCUUCUUGAUUGAUAGCUCAUCUAGAACUGGCCUAGAAGGCUUUCAGCACUUCAAAGCUUUUGUAAAACGAUUUAUUCAAGCUGUACUAAGUGCAGACUCUCCUGCUAAUGUUGGUGUGGCACAGUAUAAUGAUAACGUCAAGAUGGAAGUGAAAAUUGGCGAGUACAGUAAUGUGCCAGAACUCCUUAGGAAUAUCGAUGCAAUGCAGUUCGAAGGGGGCGGUAUCAAAACUGGUGAAGCACUUCGAAUGGUCACUCAGUAUGAUUUCAAGAGUGGUGAUCUAUUUGCAGAUACGCGUGACGACCUUCCACUUGUUGUGGUUCUACUUACUGAUUCAAAGUCAGAUGAUUCAGUGAUUGAGCCAGCUAAGUAUGCUAUAGAUAGAGAAGUGUUCCUUAUUGCAGUGGGUGCCGAAUUUCUGAAGGCUGAACUGAACAACAUUACAUCCAAUCCACAGAGAACGAUACUCUACUCCAGCCCACAAGACCUUCUCACCAAAAUGCCUCAGCUCCGCACUAAAAUCUGCAGUAUUGAUUCACAAGGUUGUGUGUCCCAUGCCUUGGAUUUAGUAUUUGUAUUGGAUGCUUCUAAAGGAGUGAGCAGAGAUAACUUUAUCAAAGUGCGUGAUUUUGUCAAGAGAAUGUCUUUUCAGUUUGAUAUUAAUCGUGACUUAACUCAGAUUGCAGUGGUUACAUAUGGAGGGAGACCACAGACUGCAUUUGCUCUGGAUACCCAUGAUUCAGGGGUACUCAUUCUUCAGGGUCUUGAAGCAAUACAGCACAUUGGGGGACCCGCCUCUACGGGCAGUGCUCUCCUACAUGUUUAUGAUGAUGUCAUGACAGUCCAAAGAGGAGCAAGGCCUGGGGUGAAUAAAGCUGUAGUUUUGGUAACGGAUGGGGCAGGUGUUGAAGAUGCAUCCGUUCCUGCGCAGAAGAUUCGUAACAAUGGCAUACUAUUAUAUGUGAUCGGAGUUGGUGACAUUCAACGGGAUGCUUUACUUAGAAUAGCUGGGUCUGAGAAGUACCUGCUUCAUGCUGCAUCCUAUGAAGAUCUGAAAUACUCUGAAGAUUUCCUCAUUCAGAGUAUUUGUGAUGACACUAAAACACCAGUAAACCUGUGUAAACCCAAUCCGUGUAUGAAUGACGGUACAUGCAUUCUUCGUAAUGGAAGUUACCGCUGUGAAUGCAAAGGCUGGGAGGGACCGCACUGUGAAAUCAGAAUCUCCAGACAGCCUCCUCGUGGUGAUUUACCCAGACCAGCUGGCCUUUUGACAAACCCUCGUUAUCAGAAACAGACCAGCCUUCAUCUGCAGAACAAAAUCAGAACUCAACAGAGGGGACACAUGGGACAUUAAUACUGGAACAGUUACUACAGUGAGAACAACAACAGUACUUAAGAUUUAAGGAGUGUCAUUCUGUAUAUUUUCCCAGGUGCUACACAUGCAAAUUGUAAAACUAGAUGGAGGACAGAAUCACAGAACACAACAGAAGUUGGAGAAUGUAGCAAUAAAUAUUACCAUGAAUAUGUGCCUUAA